AUUUUGUAACAUUAAAAAUACUUUGAAUAGUUUUCAAUAGCAUAUCCUCCAUGCUAUGACUAUAUUUGGACUGCUGUCUUGAAAAAUGGCUCAUCAAUACCAACCACAAGAUGGAGCUAACGUUGUGAACAUUCAAGACACACAAAUCAAUGAACUAUAUGCAACCAAUGUGGAUCAGAUUCAUGUUCAUCAGGCAGAGGUAGUUCAAGCGAGACGUGUUGACCAGUUUUACGCUGGCCAUAUUGAGCACUUCCAUGCACAUUAUGGCAAUAACGGUCCGUACCCUCCAGCUGCACCAGAACGUCAGGUACAAGCUGAUGAAGCUUUUCCCAGGUCUAUGCAAGAGGAAAUCCCGUCCACUUCAGGUGAAACCACAAGAGCUCAAAGAAUGAAGGGAUCAACUGAUGCCAAACUUGUCUCAGAUGAUGUUCCUUGUCCAGUCUAUGAAGUGGUGCCUAUACCAUCAAGAAAGCGUAAAAGAAAAGGAAAUGGGAAAAAGGCAAAAAAGAAAAAAAGAAAGCAAUGGAAGAAAUUUAUCAAUUAUUUUAACAAGAGAACCCUGGAGCAAACAAAAGUGAAAAUCACAGAAGAUUACAAACAGCUAAACUUAAACGAACCAGACUUUGAAGUAAAUCCCCAACUAAGAGAAGUGCCACGUUUCUACAGAGGAGAAAUGGCUCCCGAGACUAGGCAAUACAAUAUCGAGACUGGAUUCACUGUCAAAGCAAAUGAAGAAAAAGUUGGAAAACCUAUUUCUCAGAAUGAACUCAUAGAACAAUUAGGCAACAAAAAAUACAGGUAUAUUGCCAUAUUGGGACAGGCAGGGGGUGGAAAAACUACUAGUAUGAAACGCCUUGCUCGAACACUUCAUAUCAAAAACAAAUUAGGAGAAGAAGCCCAAGCCGCUGAAGCAUUGCGGCUGGAACGUCGCUUUGAAUUUAUUCAUCACUUGAACAUCAAAGAUAUCCCCGUUUUGAAUGGAACAACACGUGAUAAAGCCAUCAGUCCAUGUGAACUUCUUUUUGGAAAAGAAGCUUCGGGACUCUCAUCACAAGAACUGGAAGAAGGCUAUGAACGGCUGCAACAAAAUCAAUCGAAGUCAAUUCUUUUCCUUGACGGACUUGAUCAAGCAACUUGGAGUCUUCUCGGAAAACACAACAAGAUGAAAUAUACUGAUAAAUCUAGCACAGCAACUGUCAUGUACAAUAUCAUAACAGGCAAUCUCUUUCCUGACAUGACGAUCGUGAUUUCUUCGCGCGAGUUCAGAGUGGCAUCACUCCCAUCAGAAUUGAGGCCGCAAUUCAUAACUGCCCUUGCUGGUCUGGCUCAAAAUGAUAUCAAGCGUUUGUUCAUUGCAAUUAUAGGAGACAGCGGUGAAAAAGCUUGGGAGAAAUUAACAAUGCAGUCGCCCGCACUUAUCCCGUUAUCAUCUGUUCCUCUUUUCCUAAUAUUCAAUGCCAUCGUUUGCAAGGACAACCCAGAUAAUCCACCAGAUACUAUGACUGAGGUAAUGCUACAAAUCCUCCACAUCUUCAUGCGAUCCGAUCAUGCCCAUAAAAAGGAAUAUAUUGAAGAAACACUUCAGAAACUAAUGCAAAUGUCAUUCGAAGGCACAAAAGAAAAGCGAGUCGUUUUCACAAUCGAGGAUCUCGAAAAAGUAAAGCUUAGUCCUCUUGAGGUUCGGGACUUUGUCAUCAAGGUACCUGGGAAAAAUUCGUUCAACCAGCAUCUCAUGGAAGGAGACCAUCAAAUGUUCUUCAGCCAUCAAAUUCUUCAAGAAGUAUUAUCCGCUCUCUACAUUUCAAGCAUGGAUUCUACUACGUUUCGCACCUUUAUCGAAACUGAGAUUCGAGACGAUCAUUGGGCAGUUGUUCGUCGUUUUCUAAGUGGAAUCAUUCUGAAUCCUGAUAUUGAAAGCAGUCUCAUAACAAAUCUUUCUUCUGGUGCCAGACAAGAUGAUAAAAGAGAAAUUCUAAAAAAAUUUCUCGCAUUUCAAUCAAGUCGAAAAAUGAAAUUGUAUGAAAAGUUGGAGCUGUUUGGGACAUUAUACGAAGCUAAUGACACCGACCUUAUUCAUUCCUGCAUCAAGGACAUCAUAAUUUCAAACGAAUGCUUCACUACAGUCGGAAUGCAUACCAUGUCAUCAGUCAUGCGGCGCUGUGGCCAACUAGAUCAGGUUGACCUUUUUCAGUGUGGUCUCAAUGCUGAGUUGGUUCAUAUCCUGAAGUCAAAUCUAAAGGGUUCUUCUUUAAAGCUGAAUGAACUAGUUGUCAGUGGCAACUACGACCUUGGAACCGAUGGUUUUGGUGAACUUGGAUUAGUUGGUACACAAUGUCAGAUAAAGGUAUUCAGGGCUUGGGAUUGCAAUCUGACAGCAGAAGAAAUGAAAGCAUUUAAAGAAAACACUCCCAAUGCGAAGCUGAAUGAACUAAAUGUCAGUGACAACUACGGCCUUGGAAACGAGGGUUUUGGUGAACUUGGAUUAGUUGUUACACAAUGCCAGGUAAAGGUAUUCAAGGCUAGGAAUUGCAAUCUGACAGCAGAAGGAAUGAAAGCAUUCAAAGAAAACACUCCCAAUGCGAAGAUAAAAUGCUUGGAUCUGAGUAUGAACAUAGUCAGCAAACUCGGAGAUGAAGGAUUAUCAACAAUCAGUGAAAUUGUUCAUCAAUGCCAGGUUGAAAAAUUGAGGAUGGUAAAAUGCAACUUCAACCCUGAUCAGUUGAGAAGAUUCAGAGCAUCGAUCGCUGAUACAGGAGUCAAGUUCUAUGGCAGCUAGAAUCCACAAACAAUGUAUCGAAUAAUUCCUAAUGCUGGGAAUGAGUCAUUCAAGCUUGAAUCUCAUUUUGCUUCAACUGGUUGAUUUUAUCAAAAAAAAAUGACUUUAUUACAUUAAUUGCCAACAGAUGAAUGUGAACUGAGAUGGCGGACACCGUUACGUUAUAUGUAUACCAGGUUAGAAUUAGACCUUAAUUUCAGGUACAAAUACUACGGGAGUUACUCGGCUAGUCUCCGAACUCGUAAUAGAACUAAAAUAAGGAAAAUUGGAAAAAUUCUGCCUAGUCCCUAACCUGGUACACAUACUACGUGCCGUUGUCCGCUAUCUUGGUUCAUAUACUACGGGAGCGCCAUUUUUGAGUCAAUGUUCACCGUCAUAUACAGGUGGGUACAUUGUUCCCAUUAAGUUAAUUGAACUUAUUUACAGUACUGUUUUUUAGGUUGCUCAACGUUUCUAGUUGUGUGGUGGCGAGUAUCUGUAGGCUCCUAAUAUAAAAAAAUUGGGGUCGCGAAAAAAAAAGUUUGGAAACCACUGCUCUGAAGAGAUUAACGUAGUAUAUAGAGCAAGUUUAUAUUUAUCAUAAAAGUAUAUUCGUCUCUAUAUUUCUCAUAAAAAAUGCGGUGAAAUCGCCUUAUUACCCACGUUUAACAUACUUUCAAACUUUUUUGAAUACCCUAUCACGUUCUUAUUCUGCUUAUUCAUAUUAGUAAGCAAUUUGUGUUUCUGUAAAUGAACGCAAUGUUGAUUCGCCGAAUGUAUUGUUGCUCGAUUUAUUAUCUUAAUAGUAUUUUUAUUUGUCUUUUAAUGAUAAUUUAAUUACACUAUUUGAGAGGAUUGUCAUUCAAUCCCCCCCCCCACAAUCUAUAUGUAGUGUUCCCAUUUAUUUGGUGUUUGAAUAAAUAUUAUGUGCGUAUCAUAUGACAAUGUUCACUUUUGUAAUCUUUAUGAAGAAGGUUUAAUCAGCAAUAAGCCAUUGAAGCGUCAAGAGCUAUCUUCCGAAUGGCUAUUAAAUUUGGAUAGAUAUUAUUGAUUUAAUACCGUAAUAAGAUUAGUCCAAUUUCGUCUAAGAAAUGAGGAGUAAAAGUUCGUAUCCGUCAUAAAAAUAUACUCAUUCAUCUUUUUGGAAACCAUUCCAUUUCUCUUCAUAAAUACACUAUAAAUUAUUUGUGCUUUUGCGCCGUUUAUUACUCUAGUAAUUUCUGCUUGUCCAUUUUUUGUGUUUUGAUUUUCGGUUAUUUCUUAUUGGUCAAUAAAGAUAUAUGAUGUUUUUGGUAAAAAUUCAACCAAGAGGGGACGGUCGCUGACCCGGUAACUCUCUCAGUCCUUUGAGGCCUCCAUAUUACUGCUAAGCAGUGUUCCCAUUUGUGCUGGAAUAAUGUGCAUAUUAUAUGAACAUGUUCACUUGUUAUUUUUAUUAGAUAAUCUUUAUGAGCAGCAACGAACCUGUUUCUGCUCAACAAAAAAAACAUUGCUUUUGUUUCCUUUUUCUUGAACUGAAUUAUUUCUGUCUAAACAUCGCCAACCUGAA